GUAUUGGGAGAUGGCGCUGAAUGCCACCAAGGCGGACUUCCCCUUCGACACCUGGAGGGCCAACCUCUCAGGUUCUUACUCCAAGGCCAUCACAAACUUCAAAUCCUUCGCGGGGGAGGGCAAUCUCCUCUUUGACGCACAGCAACACGCAGAUGCUGGAACCCGCGAAGUGCUGAACGAAGCCAUGGCGCCGCGGAAGGCCACGGUGCUGCGACGGAUGAGUUCCACCGCGAGGUGGCUCAUCUAGGUGGCUCAUCAGAUGCGUAUUUUGGACAUCGACGAGGACGCGGAGUUCCUGACGCAGCCGGUGAGCGACGACCGCACUCACGAGCUGAUGAGGGAAGCGAUCUUCCAGGGUCAAAUGAAGGGCAAGGUGAAGGAUGCGGAGCAACUGCAGAGUCAGAUCUGCCAGGCUGAUCAACGGCUGACGGAGCGCAGCCACAUGACGCAGUGGCUGAUGAAGCCCUUCGCGCGGGGCCUCUGUCUGCGCAUCCACGUGGUGAUUGCGCUGGGCUACAUCUUCUCUCCCGUGGGUGAAACCCUGCUGAAGAGCAUGGACGUGCGUGCACGGUCCAAUACCUUGGCCAGUGAACACGCCUUGUGGAUCACUUUCUACAUGGGGGCUGGGUGUGGCUGCUUGCUGUGGCUCUUCCUCUCACGUGGCAUUCCGCCCAAUCUUCUGAUGGCCAGCUCGCAGUUGCUGAACAUCAUCUUCUUCGUCUUGGUGCCAUCGCUGCCAGGACGGCAACGUGGUGAGUAUGGCUUCCAG